AUGGCGAUGAUUCAUUGCCACGACGACCAUCAAGUUGUCAUUCUUGAUCAAAAUCUAUUGUUGAGUCAUACUUAUGCAUCUACAAAAGAUUGGAGAAAUACUACGGCAGCUGGCAGUAGACAUAAUUUGGCGUGGAGAAAAGAUUUAUUUCAUGUUGAACGACCAUUUCGGAUGACAACAACAACAACAACUGUUGAACCAACGAAAAAGAAGAAGAAGAAAAAUCCGAAACGAACAUACGAUGAAGCAUUUAACGACAUUCAAAAUGAUUUUUUAACACAACUUACCAAAGCAAUAGAGAUUUGUAAAAGUAAACUAUCACUAAAAAAUGAUACAUCAUUAAUUCAAACUGAACAUGCUUUUAAUAGCAUACCAUUAGCUCACAUUGCUACUGAACAAUGUGAUCAUAAGCGACCCAUCGCAAAAAUUCUUUUAACAGAUUACUUCCUUCGUGCAUCAAAAUUAGGCAUACAAACAAAUAUUCUUUAUUCUCAUAAUAAAGAUCAUCCAAGUAUAAUUGAUACUGCUGUUUCAGGACGAACUGUUUUGCCAGCUAAUUGCCGAUUUUUAUGGACUGAUAUGAAAAAUUCAACAUUACUUAUUAGUGAAGGGACAAAAUAUUCAUUUAUUGUACUUGAUCCACCAUGGAUGAAUAAAAGUGUACGACGAAAACAUCCGUAUAAUUGGUCAGAUUUGAGUGAUAUAAAAAAUUUACCGAUUGAACAUUUAAUCAAUCGCACACAAUCAUCCUUAGUCUGUUGUUGGUCAACAAAUUGUGAUAAAAUUGAAGAUUUUAUUAAAAAUGAUUUAUUCAACAAAUGGAAUUGUCAAUAUUUAACAACGUGGUAUUGGUUAAAAAUAACUCAAUCUGGCGAACCUAUACUUGAUUUAACAUCAUUAGAUAAAAAGUCGUAUGAAACAUUAAUACUUGGCUAUACAGGUGAUGAUGAUAGAUUUAAUUCAUUAAAAGGCACGAGCAAAAUUCUAUGCAGCGUGCCUGCAUUGAUUCAUUCGACAAAACCAGCAUUACAUCUAUUGUUUCAAAAUUUAAUUAAUUUUCCAAAUCAUGAAAUAGAUCGUUGUUUAGAAUUGUAUGCUAGGAAUUUACUACCUAAUUUUACAUCGAUAGGAAAUGAAGUUUUAAAACAUCAGUCUAUUGAUUUAUUUGAAGAGAUAAAUCUAUAA